AUGGAUCGAAUUUCUCCAGAGGUUUUGCUCCCUGAAAAGCUUCGUUAUCUAGGAAAACUCGAACAAUUUUCAUCCGCUCGUCAUCAUCUUGGUUUAUUCAGAUCUGUUGGGAUAUCGUGCACAUUUGCUUCAAGUGAUUCUCUUUCAGAUUCAAGUAUCCGACAUCUCGUCUUCGCAGCUGUGUCGAAACUCCUUCACCUCCAUCCCACUCUCUCCACGACAAUCAUCAACGAAGAGUCCAACAACCCCUACUUCGUUCGUCUUCCCUCCAUAGACUUGGAACAGGUAGUGAAAUUUGUUGAGCGUCUGACACCUAUCGAUCCCUUAUCUGGAAGUGAUGUUGAAUUAGACACGCUCCUAUCAUUGCAACACAACGUCUCAUUCCCAAUACGUCAGGUUCAGUGGAAAAUUGUGAUCAGCAGUCACUCUCAGUUCCCUCGUCUGUUCACAAUGUCGCUGUUCUUUCAUCACGCCCUAGCAGACGGCGCCAGUGCGCUGAUAUUCAUGAGAGACUUCCAUACGGCCCUGAACGCAGUGACAACAGCUGAAUCUGUCCCUCAUACAUUCAUCCCCAUUCCCGCGGCUAUCCCACAAACUCUCGAAAGCCUAUGUUCCCCUCCAACUCUUCCGACCAAAUCCAGCUCAGAUACAAAGCCAUCUUCCGCAACCUCAACUUCCCCAGGCACCAGCAACUUCCGGUCCCUAGCCCUCUCCCCAUUGACCACAACCGCACUCCUUCAAACAUGCAAAGCACACUCCACAACCCUAGGCGCUGUUUUCCCAGUCAUUAUCGCAUCCGCGAUAUUACGCUCUUCCCCCUCCCUCUCCACCGAAUGUGUCAUCCCUAUUAACCUCCGUCCAUACCUAGGCAUAGAUGGAGAUAGCAUCGGUGUAUACUACGACGGCUUCUCUGUCUCUCUUCCCCAUGGCGAAAUUAAUUGGGACGCUGCGCGAAAGGUGGGGAGUGAUAUCAAAACUCAUCUGGAGGGUGUGAAAGAAGGACAUAUCAACGUGCUGAAAUUCCAAAAAAUCCCGGAUAUGAUUGAGAUGUUUAGACAUAGAGAGAAUAAGGGUGGUUUCGACGUUAGUAAUCUUGGCCGUGCUAAACCUGGGGACGAGGGAAAAUGGGAAAUGGCCAGAUGCACUUUUAAUCGGAGUGCGUUUGUGGGAGGAGGGGAUUUCACUUUAGGUAUUGUGAUGGGUCGGGAUGGGUGGUUGAGUCUGGGGUUUGCGUGGGAGGAGGGGAGAAUGGGGAGAGAGGUUAUGGAGGGGAUUAUGGGAAGUGUGAGGACGGUUUUGGAGGAGGUUGUUGGGAGAUCCAAUUCCGUUUAG